AUUUCUAUAGAUAUAUUAUAGUUCUGCAGAAGCAGACAUGGCGUGAUAUUGAUUUGGCUCAUAUCUCAUAUAUGUUUGCUUCAUAUCAAUAUAUAUAUAAGGCUCUGAGGAGGAAGAGAGACGAGCCGAAUCAAUAUCACUCUUGUAUGCCUUUUGCGUCUAAAUUUAUAUGUGCGCAUAGCUCUCCUUCCUUUCUAUAUAAUUUAUAUCUUGAAUUUGUGCAUCUUAAAUUGUGAAUUUAUAUAUAUAGCAUGCAUGUUUAUAUCUUGACUACUACUACAAAUAAACUGGAAGUUUUAUGUCGUUAGUUAGUGUUAGAUAUUCAUACAACAUCUUAUCAAUAAUUUUGCAUACAAUUUAGAACACAAUAAACAAUUAAAGAAUAUAGAAAACAAACAUGAUUCAACAUGGAGAAAACGUGAAUUGUUAGUACAAUUCCAACCAACUAAGUCUUCUUCCUUAGGAUCUUUAUUUCUAAAAAUAGAUUAUCAAAUUACAGAAUAGUGAUGAAGCUAUUUAUAUAUAUAUAUAUAUAUAUAUAGAGAGAGAGAGAGUUAGGGAUGAGACUUAGCUUAUAUUAAUCUAGUUGGACUUAGCCUGAUCAUCAAAUGUUUCAGUUAACUAGAAAGUCCACCUCAACUAGACUACUAUAGAUACUAAGAGUAGUCCCAACCGGUGAUGUAUAAUACAUUAUCCCUCAAAAUUUUGAAGAAUCAUCACCAAAAAUAUUCUUCAUUGGAUGUUGUAGAAUAGCUCUAUAAUUUAACUAUGCUACAGUACAUUUCUACAUUUAGAGACAAAUUUUACCAUUCUUCAAACAUUUUUAACUAUUUUUUUUGUACUUUGCUUUUUGGUCUAUCUCUUUCUCUCUCAUCUUUUUUAUAUUUAAAUAAUAAAUAAUAUUUUUAAAUAUAAUGUUUAAAUAAUGUUAAGAAAAAAUAUAGAGAAUCUGAUGUAUGAUGUAAUAUAAAAGUUUGAGGUAAAAUAGAAAAAGUAAGUUUUUUGUGAGGUAUUUUGAAGGAUAGAGUAGAGUACCUAUUGGGAGUGUUCUAAGCCCAUAAACAAGAGAUUACUAAAAUUAAAGGGAUAUUUACACAAUUCAUUACAAUGUCUUUUUUAUUUACUAUAUUAAUACCUUCCAACAUAUUUUCAUUUUUAUAUACAUAUACUAACCGAUUUUGGAUUUUAAUUACUAUGAUUGUAUAUUUUUUUUCUCAUACUGAUUUUGUAUUAUCUAUUACUUUCCGUGAUAUAAGUUUAUAUAUUUAUUACUUACCUUUUAAAACUUGGUUGUCUUUUUGUUUUUAUUCAAUUAAAUUCCUGAACACUUUUUAAAAAAGCUUCUGCCAUUUUGUUUCCCCAAUAAUUUUUUUUUCCAAUUUCAAAAACAAAACCCCAAAAUUCAUUCUCUUUCUAUUCCUUACCGUGAUCAUUUACCCCCAAACCCAUUUUUUUUCUUCUGCCAGUUCCUUUACCCGGAAAAUGCUUGUUUUCCCAUUUCAAAAAUAAAACCCCAUAAUUCCUUCUCUUUCCAUUCCUUAUCGUGAACCCUUACUCCCAAAUCCAUUUUUGAUUUUUCAUCAUCCAUUGCCAUGGUCUCAACUGGGAGUGCCGGAGACAAUCUAUCCAUUGAGUCGCUGGAGAAGGUUGGUCCGAUCGAUGAUGACUUUGAAACCGACAAGUCUGAUGAUGAUAGAGAUUCUCCACCGAGUGUGAAGAUGCAUGCAACUCUAAAGAAGAUGAAAACUAGAUCACCCCCCUCUGUUAAACCUAGAACUAAUAAGAAGUUGAAAAUUGUUGAUGAAGCUGUGCUUGUUCAAGACGCAAUUUCUGAUUCCGACCCAAUCCCCGAAUCCCAAUUGAUAAAGGAUUGGGAAUUUUUUUCAGACCUGAGAAUGGACCAUAAACUCAUUGCUGUUAUCAUACUUUGUUUGUCUUGGAAUACAUGCCCAGUUUUUAUGUUCUUAAUCUCCCGAUCCCCAUACAAGAAUGGAUCAUCAUCAUUUUCAUCUGCAGCCACUAUUUGUUCUUCAUUGUUUAUUAUUGAUAUGGCUAGAUUAUGUGCUGCCCCAUUCCAGUGUGGUUCAUGUAUAAGAAAUCCCCCCAUACUAACCUGAUUUAUCAAAAGGAAAACAUUUUUGUUAAAUAUUUGAUAACAAUCGCAAUUUAUAUUGGAAAGUGUUGUAAUGUUUAUUUUUUUGGAUGUUUUUGGGUAAAAAAAGAUUUUACCUGAUUGUCUUGUCUUGAACAUUCCCCCACGCUUUGUGUGUUUUGUACUUGGGUAUUGUCGAAACUUACCAGCAAACGGUAUACUGUUUCAUCAAAAUGUUUCUUAUGUAGUUCCAUGAAAAACUUUACUGUGUCAUCAUCAUCUAUUACCAUCGGUGGUAAUGAUGGAUUUGGUUAGAACUUAAUUUGUACAGCUGUGUUUUUACUUUGUACCUUCAUUUUUUUAGUGAUCAUUGUACUCAAUUGAAGAAAAGUACAGUCACUAGGAAGUAAGAUCCCAGUUACCUCAAAAUCUUUAUAAGUACACCGAUUUUCCCAAAUACCAUUGUAGUAAAUGUACACAGUUGUCAUAUUGGUGUGUCCUGUUUUCAUAAAUUAAACAGUAAGUCAAAUUUUAGAUAAUUAACAUUGUAUUUCUUUACUUAUUUCAUUUUUUUUCACACGAUAU